ACAGUUUGACGUGCUGGUCCAGUCAGAAUUGUUGGUUGGCAUUUAGGUCGUGUUUUUGUCUGGUCCCGUAUUUUUAAAGUGAAGUUCGUAAAGAAUAUGCCGCGGAAAAUUGUCUUAGCCAAAUCGCGUGUGAAUCGAAUGUAGUUCUCAUAUCGUCCCUUUCAGCUUGACGGGCUUUUGAGUCUUGUCCCUGCAGGAGUACAAAAAUAACUCGACAGAUUCCGAUCUCGGAUAUUGGCCCUGCAUGUGAAGUAAAGCAAUUACUUCCCGAGCCCAGUAACGCGUGGUGGUAGCUCAUCGGAAAUUCAAAAAAAGUGUGAAAUUUGGUGUGUUACGAGUCCUAUUUGAAGGACUAUAAUUGAACAAUGAUAGUUGGAUAUGGACCGGUGACGCAAGCCCUCCUUGGUACGCUGUUAACAUGGGGUCUUACAGCGGCCGGAGCCGCGAUGGUUGUAUUUCUACGAGGAAAUCAGCGGAAAUCACUGGAUGCAGCCUUAGGGUUCGCUGCCGGAGUAAUGAUCGCUGCUUCAUUUUGGUCGCUUCUGGCGCCAGCUAUUGAAAUGGCCGAAGGUUCGGGGAUGUACGGCGAGGAUGGCAAAUAUGCAUACUUUCCAGUUGCAUUGGGAUUUCUUCUCGGAGCUAUAUUUGUAUUUGGCACAGACAAACUAAUUUCGUAUUUGGGACUAAACGAUUCACACAUGAUGAUAGCCCUCACACAUACGAAUAAAGAUAAAGCUGAAAUUGCAUCAGAUGAUAUUAACAACAGUUUGGAAAACCAGAAAAAUGGUCUUGAUUGCUUGAGUGUACAGCAUGGCACGACGACGUCACGCAGACGACGAAAGAAUAGCAACGAUCGCGAGCAAGCUACUUACACAGAUCAAAGAGCGAUUGAUCAUCAGAAUGCGAUGGCACAGUGGAAAAGGAUAAUGCUGCUCGUCGUUGCAAUUACAGUGCACAAUAUUCCCGAAGGACUUUCGGUAGGAGUGAGCUUCGGAGCGAUAGGUAAUUCAAAAUUGGCGACAUUUGAAGCAGCAAGAAACCUUGCUAUCGGAAUAGGGAUACAAAAUUUUCCUGAAGGGUUGGCAGUGAGCUUGCCUUUGCAUGCAGCCGGCUUCAGUUUACCGCGAAGUUUUUGGUAUGGACAACUAUCAGGAAUGGUUGAACCAAUCUUCGGAAUAUUAGGAGCCGUAGCAGUUACUCUUGCCACGAUUAUUUUACCAUACGCAUUAUCCUUUGCAGCAGGUGCCAUGAUUUACAUAGUUGCAGACGACAUUCUACCCGAAGCUCACGCCAGUGGAAAUGGAGUGACGGCGACAUGGGGUACAAUAGCAGGAUUUAUAGUGAUGAUGUGCCUGGAUGUGGCAUUAGGGUAGAAGUAACUAGUGUUUAGUUUAGGUACUUUUAAUUAUGAAAUAUGAAAACAUAACACUACUUAAUUAGGGAAGUUAUUUGUACAAAAAUGUAAACAUUUGGAAAUGUUUAUAAGUGAACUCGCGCUAUUCGACCAAUUGAGCCAAUUCAAUUAAAAAUAUAUUUUAAUGCUGCAAAUGUAUAUAAAUUCAUAAGGGCUAAUACAGCUUUCUGCGGAAAACUGAGUUUUUGUUAAAUCCUGCACGCAGAAAGACCAAUAGAGCUUUACACAAAAUGUACUUUUUAUUUUUAAAUUAUAUACCUUUACUAGAGGUUUUAUCGAGGCAAAUAAGAUUUAGUAUUAGUUACUUUUUCACGAUAUCAGAAUACAGUAAGAGGAAUAGUAACAAUAGAACUCAGCCUUGGAGAACAUUUUUAAAUUAUUGCAACAAUACAGGCGACAUCGUUUCACUCUUUCAAUUUUUAGUGGGGUAUAAACCUUUUGUAAAAAUGAAUGUACCUUAAAGCGGAUAAAACAUAUUUGUUAUUCGAGAAGCUAUUUUUCUAGCUGAUCUUCGUUUCAAUUUACGUGAUAUUGAUUUUAAAUUAGUUUUAUGUAAGGAUUGUGUACAUAUAGGGAUGCAAUGAUAAUAAUUAUAUCAAUCGAUGUAAAAGGCGAAAAUAUUGUGAAAAAUAUUUUUAGUAAAACCAUUUCAAAAAAGAA